AUGUCAAGACCAACGAUGAGGGACGACAUUGUGGUCGACAGGUCACCUCUGGUCGACCGAUACUUGCCACGCCAACCAACAACAGCAACAACACCCGCCUCGCCUGGACAACAGCCUGCUCCUGCCGCCGCGGAAGGCCAAGGAGAAAACAAGCUGAACCGGAAGCAACAGCUUAUUCAACAAAAUAUCGAGUUGCGAAAGAAGUUUGAAACCAUGGUGCUCCAGUGGCAGGAGGUCCUCCUUGACCCUGUGACCGAGGAGACAUUGGGUGAGGCGUCGAACCGCAUCAAACAGUCUCACUACAAGGAGAUCAUCGAGGAGAGGAACAUCGUCAAGCUUUGUGGAUACCCGCUGUGCGCCAAGCCACCAAGGGAUAUCAAGGGCAAGUUCAGGAUCUCUUUACAGGAGCGAAAAGUCUUUGAUAUCUCAGUGCUCAAGCAAUACUGUUCAUCGACUUGCCUGACAGCUUCGCGGUGGCUGGAAGGCCAAUUAACUGAGGACCCCCUAUACCUGCGGGACAAUGAUCCAGAACACCUGAGGAUCACUCAAGUUUCCAUCGUUCCCCUAGACAUGGAACUCGCUGAAUACCAGGCAUUACGUGCGGCAAACAGGGAGCAAGAGCAGGAGAUCAAAACAUCUCCAGCAUUCAGCUUACCAACACACAGCCUCGCAAGCGCCACAGGACAAACCCCAGAAGGACCAGCGUCGCCAACAUCAACAACCGCGACAAACAUGCCUUCGUCCAAUUCUCUCGGAAACUCAUAUGUCCAAUCGAUUCUCGCCUCUGUACCAGCAACUCCGUCUUUCAUCAAGAUCGUGGAGAGGGACACCGUGAGCGAGAUUCCUCACGAACCAUUGGAUAUGAGUGACAUGGAUCAGCAGAUGCAAGAAUCAUUUGGCAUCGGUGGAGGAGAUGAGGUUGAAGGAUACAGCGUGCCUGUUCCUAAACAAAAGAGGCCCUCUGGAGGGUUAUCCACUCGUCAACAGAGGGAUACCAAAGUGAUUGAGCAGCAGAUGGCCAGUGUCACCAUUUCAGAGGACCAGCCAAUGUCGCGGACGGGAAGCUCGAUUCAUGAAACUGAAGCCAACCCAAGCACAGAUGAAAGAAUACAUUGCAUUGGUGCCCGUCAAGCCGCUACCCUCCCCGCGAUCCUCAACAUCUCCAAGGCCCCCAAGAUCCCCAAGAAGCACCGCCGAAACCUGGGGAGCGAAUCAGGCUAUUUGACGCCUCCCAAGGGCGCGCUCCUCAGAACUGCGCCUGUACUGAUUGCAGUCCAUUACUCGACUGACUGGAGACGGACACUUGUAAAGAUGAACCAUGCUAGGUUAAUGGCUCAAUCACGGACACUGAAGGUCAAAUGCCGGUUCCAUGGCGGGAAGCCUAUUGUUUCGUGUGGCAGGUCGUUCAGGGGGCUGGAUUUUUUGCUGGCAUGUGCGAUUGGCAUCUACAUAGGCGCACCUACCGUCCUGAUUCCUUUUGUUGAUUUUAAAGUCUGGCUCCAGCUCUACUUUGAAGCCGUCAAGUCCUUUAAUGCGAUGGUGGGGCAGUCCUUUGGAAGCGAGAUUGAGCCGGUGCGUUUGCAUAUCUCUCUCCAUGCUCUGAGACGCGGUAUUGUCGAGAUUACGACUGAACAUGACGACCUCACCGGUAUCUGGAUCGAAGACAGUGGCAUCCCGGUGUGUGGAACGACGGUAGCGAUUGUGAACCCAGAGGCGUCAGAGAUAUGUCUCUCCCACGAGAUUGGCGAGAUCUGGGUCUCCUCUGAAGCUAACGUCCAGUCCUACAUCGGCCGCACCUCCACCUCUUCGUCUACAUCAAUCGCAAAAGGGUCUGACGCGAUGAUCGAAAUCACCAAGAACAAAUUCCACGCCAGAAUCGCCCCAAGUCCAGUCGCUGACAGCGGUAGUGGCGUCAGUGGAGUUCAGCAACAACAGCACCAGGACCGGCAGCAGAAGCAACUUGGGUCCAAGACAUAUGUCCGUACAGGAGAGAUUGGGUUUUUGUGGAACUUUGCAACUCCAGAGUUCAAUGGUGGACAGUCUACCAGCUUGUUGUUUGUGUUGGGGUCCAUUGGAGAAACCUUUGAGGUGCAGGGUUUGCUCCAUUUCCCUGUCGAUGUGCAGAAGACCAUCGAGGGUGCUCACUCUAACUUUGCCCCUGGCGGAAGCCAGGUCCUCUGUGUGAUGCAUGAGGUUGUCGAUCGUCACGGAUUUAUGCCAGACGUGGUGGCGUUUGUCGGAGAGGGUGCGGUGGCCAAGACACCGUUCGGUGAGAAGCAGCGCGGCAAGAUGCUGUCACUCUUCAUGAGUGCCAAAAUAAUCGUCACAGAGUUCCAGUACGACCACGACACCGUCAUUGUCAUCGUCGUCUUCUAUCUCGCGUAG